AUGGAAGACAGCUUGGUUUUGUACAUCUGUGCUGUGUCUCUUGGGGAUGGUCUGACUGGCAGUAGGAAAUUCAAGAUGAGGGGGGUUGAAGUGGACGAGAACAAAUUUUACAGAAGAGUUUGCAAGUUCUUUGCCCAGACAACGUUGAAGACUGUUGCGUCCUGGGUAGCUCAGCUUAAUAAUUUAGUGGAGGAACAGCCUUAUCCUGCACUUGUUCACUUGCCUUCAUCCUACCUGGACUGCUUCAUCUCUGUCAACCCGAAUCCAGAGGAACAUACUCAUCAGCCAGUGCUCAUCAUGGCUUUCCGGGGCCCUUACGCUAACUCAGUGUGGCAGGAGAUCACAGGGCCAUCAGAUUUCCAGCUGGCAAGGCGGACAGAUCCAGCAUCCAUCAACGCCCUUUACCUUGACAGUCAGGACCAGCCCCUGCUGUACUCACCCCGUCUUGCCAAUCGCUUCAGUCUGUUGGGACUUCAAAGGGUGCAGCUCUCCAGGAAACAAGCUCAAUCUUUGGGUCUCACCACUAGGCAGGUUGCAACGUUUUGUCAUGCUCCCACAGUGUCUCUGGAUGGAGAACAGGUUGAGCUGUCCUCUCAUUGCCUGGUGCUGCUCAUGAGGAGAGAAAGCACAGUUAGAUACUCUUCCAGACUCCCGAUAGGUCUGAUGAACGAGCUUGUUGUAGAAGGCCUUAUUGGAUCAAUCCAGGCAAGAUUCACAGAAGCUGUUGGGCCAGAAGUCUGCUUUUACACCAUACCUUACUCUAAAAACCAUCAUAACAUUCUGGGUGGGCACAUGUGGACCAUUCCAGAGUCCAGCCACAUGGUCCUGUCCAAGCAUGCGUAUCCCUCUUGUCCAGAUGCAGAGCAGGUGGUGAUUCUCACACUGACUGGUCAAAACAUUAUGGAGAAUGAAAUAAAGUUUCUUCAUAAAGUUCUCAGGAGAGAUCCAGCAGGACACGAGGGAUUUGAGUUGCUGGCACUGAAGUGGGUGUCCCAGCUGUCCCGGCGACAGGCACAAGAGUUGAGUCCUUUUGAGAUUGGGGAAAGAGAAUGGCAAAGCAGUGUGCAAAGUCUGACAUCCACUCCUGCCCUGAUCUUGGCUCUAAGAAGAGUGAGGGCAUUCAACAGUCUACGCCAACAAUUACAGCACAAUUAUCCAGGAACCCUUCAUGUUUUGAUGUCCCCCACUCCUGAGACAGCUUUCAGACAGACCUGCCUCUUCUUCUCGGAGUCAGAAUUGGUCCCUGAUCACAGCAGUCGUCCAUUUCUGAAAUUCCUGCCUCCUUAUCACAUUGACACUUCAGGUCAUUUGCUUUACAGUUACAUGACACUGGGCCCAGAGCCACUUUUGACUCUGGCUCUGUUCAAGCCUGGAGCCUGGAGACACUGCUUUGGUAAAAUUCUAACCCUAAUCAAACAGAACGGAUAUACUCUAGUGGGCUUGCGUGUACUUCUGCUGGACUCAAGAAUGGCAAACGCACUGAUACAUUCACCAGAGAAACAGGAUCCCACUGAGGAGUUGGAGUAUUUGAGAUCUGGGCCCUCACUAGCUUUGGGUUUACUGAGAGAGAAUGCCGUAAUGAGGCUGUGGGAACUUAUGGGUCCUGAGGAUCCCAUUGAAGCCCGUACUGUAGACCAGACACUAUGGAGGGCCCAGUUUGGCUCUGACAGACUCCAUAAUGGCAUCUAUGGAUCUCAAUCUUAUCGAAAGGCUGUAGAAGACAUAAAGUUGGUGUUUCCAAGAGGCGUGUGUUGCGCUGAAACUUCCCUUAUGAGAUACGAGCAGAUAUCAAGUUUGUAUUCGGAUCCCGAAGCUAGUUCGGACUGUGAUCAUUCGCACUCCCUCCGAACUGCUGUCAAAUUUUCAUCAGAAUUUGGUCAAGGCAAUCUGCGAUCGACCUUUGUAAUGAGGAUGGGAACUGUUGUUGUUUAUUGUGUUUCAGUGCCAGCAGGGCCUUUGGUCUGCACUGCUCUUUAUCAGACCACCUGCCUGCUGAUACCAUCCAGCCUCCUCCAGCAGAGUCAGCCUCCACUGUUCUCAGAACUGCUGCAGAGGCUGCUUAGGACAGGCUGCCAUCUGCUGGAAGGAAGGCUUUGCAUGCUAGGAGAAAAACAAAGACGCCACGUUUGCGAGUUACUGAGGGCCUCUGCUGGUGAAGAACUUUUAUGUGAGGGUCCCUGCCUUGCCAUUGUUUUGCAAGCAGACAAUGCCGUUACUUGUUUUGACAUCAUUCUUGAGAGAAUUUGUAGGGAGAGACCUGACUUCUGGAGAGUAACGAGGGAAUUUCUUUACCCACGCUUUAAAAAAGAGGCUGUGAAAUUGCUGUGUUACCUGUUUGACGAUCUUGGUCUUGACAGCCAUCACCACGUAGCAUAAUAACCAGGAGAUAUUGACAAUAGGUAUCCAGUGGUGAACAUUUCCUUUUCUGUAGUUCACAUCAUUCAACUGUAUUUACACAAUGAAAU